AUGGGGCCCCUGGAAGCAGUAGGCGAAGAGAACCGGACAGAUGAAAUGAAAGUGGAGCAGUUCACCAAGCUGUACUUGCCGAGAUACACCACGCCGCUCAACGAAUUGGCUCUGGACCCUAAACCAGAGCUGAAGGACAGCACAACACUAGUUGAAGUGCAGAUAAUCCUCAUCUUUGCUUACUGCUCCAUCAUCCUGCUGGGGGUGAUUGGCAACUCCCUGGUGAUCCAUGUGAUCAUCAAGUUCAAAAGCAUGCGCACGGUGACUAACUUCUUCAUUGCCAACCUGGCUGUGGCCGACCUGCUGGUGAAUACCUUGUGCCUGCCCUUCACUUUGGUUUACACGCUGUUGGGUGAAUGGAAACUGGGCCCGGUCUUGUGCCACCUGGUGCCAUAUGCCCAGGCUCUUGCUGUGCACGUGUCUACUGUUACUUUGACUGUGAUCGCUUUGGAUCGGCACCGCUGCAUCGUCUACCACUUGGAAAGCAAAAUCUCUAAGCGAAUCAGCUUCCUGAUCAUAGGAGUUGCCUGGGCAGUCAGUGCCCUGUUGGCAAGUCCUCUGGCCAUCUUCCGCGAGUACUCGCUGAUCGAGAUCAUUCCUGACUUCAAGAUUGUUGUCUGCUCUGAGAAGUGGCCAGGGGAGGGGCAGCUCAACUAUGGCACCAUCUACAGCGUCUCCAUGCUCCUGAUCCAGUAUGUGCUGCCUCUGGCAGUCAUCUCCUAUGCCUAUGCCCGUAUUUGGACCAAGCUUAAGAACCACGUUAGUCCUGGGGCGGGGAACGACCACUACCAUCACCGGCGGCGGAAAACCACCAAGAUGCUGGUGUGUGUGGUUGUGGUGUUUGCUGUCAGCUGGCUGCCCUUUCACACCUUCCAGCUAGUCAGUGACAUUGACAGUCAGGUGUUAGACCUGAAAGAGUACAAACUGAUCUACACAGUGUUUCAUGUCAUUGCCAUGUGCUCAACGUUUGCUAACCCCCUCCUCUAUGGCUGGAUGAAUAACAACUACAGGACGGCCUUCCUCACGGCCUUCCAGUGCGAACAGCGGCUGGACUCCAUCCACCCUGAAGUCUCAGCAGCUUUCAAAGCCAGGAAGAAACUAGAAGCAAAGAGGAUUCAAUUCCCUGGAGACUCUUUCACACAACCUACCAAUGUCUAA